AAUCUACUCAAAACCAUAGAGAUAUCACAAAGCAGUAAGUGGCAAUGGAACUUUCCUCAAACUCGAGCUGGAAUUUUCAAGGAAAAGAAGAUGCAAAGAAAGCAUCAGCUUGCACUAUCAGAAGUUAUCUCAACACCUUAAAUGAAAACAUCAAUAGAAGUGAUACAAGAACUGUAAUCCCUCUUAGCCAUGGCGAUCCCAGUGGUUUUCCAAGUUUUCGAACAACUAAAGUAUCAGAGGACGCUCUUGUUGAUGCACUCCAAUCUGGUAAAUACAAUGGCUAUGCCCCAAAUUCUACUGUUCUUCAAGCCAGGAGGUCAAUUGCAGAAUUUCUGUCUCGUGACUAUCCAUACGAAUUGUCACUGUAUGAUGUUCAUGUCACAGCUGGUGCUAAGCAAGCAAUAGAAGUCCUAAUUACAGCUCUUGCCGUACCUGGUGCUAAUAUUUUGCUUCCUAGACCAGGAUAUCCAACAUAUGAAGCUCUUUCCACAUUUAGCCGUCUCGAAGUGCGGUACUAUAAUCUUCUCUCUGAGCAGGAUUGGGAGGUUGACAUCGAUGGGCUUGAAGCUCUAGCCGAUGAUCGUACUGUUGCCAUGGUUUUUAUAAACCCUGGUAAUCCGUGUGGGAAUGUGUACAAGCGUGAACAUUUAAAGAAGAUUGCAGAAACUGCGAAAAGGCUUGGAAUGCUAGUAAUAUCAGAUGAAGCCUAUGGUCAUCUAGUUUUUGGUAGUAGUUCGUUUGUGGCGAUGGGAGUCUUCGGAGAAAUUGUACCUAUACUGACAAUUGGCUCCAUAUCAAAGAGAUGGAUGGUUCCUGGUUGGCGAGUUGGUUGGAUCGUGAUGUGUGAUCGCAAUGGCAUCCUUCAAAAACAUGGGGUUGUGGAGUCCAUCAAAAGCUGCCUUGAAAUCUCUGCUGAUCCUUCUACACUCACUAUGGGUGCUAUUACUCGUAUUCUGGAUGAAACACCUGAAGAUUUCUACUCUAAUACCAUAAACCUACUUAGAAAAGCAGCAGGCAUUUGCUAUGCUGGUCUGACGGAGAUUCCAUGCUUUACUCCAUACAAGCCACAAGGAUCCAUGUUUCUUAUGGCAAAACUAAACAUGUCACUUCUGGAAGGCAUCGACAAUGAUAUAGAAUUCUGCACCAAGCUUGCCAGAGAGGAAUCUGUAAUAGUUCUACCUGGGGAAGCACUUGGAUUGAAGAAUUGGGUAAGAGUAACUUUUGCUGUGGAAAUUUCAGCUCUUGAGGAAGGCCUUGGCAGGAUCAAAGCCUUCUGUUCCAGAAAUUCCAAACAGCAAUAAGCCAACAAUUUGUCACAUUGACAAACUGUUCCAAGUCUGCCAAAAACCAAAUAAUAAGAGUUGCAGAUGUUGCUAUGGGACUUGAUAAUUGGCUCCUAAUAACUGUUGCAGUUAAGCCAUCAGAGGUCGAUGCUGGUCUUUACGGGAUAAAAGCGUUCUGUCAAAGGCAAGCCAUGGAGAAAAAGCAAGUAGAUUUAAUCUAAUAAGCGAGUGAAAUGUGGUGAUCUGAAGCUGCUCAUUGAACCUCACGGUCAAUCAUUGAAGGAAAUGUGAUAUAGUACUACAAUCUCUCGUUCCCUUAGGUUGUUAUUGAUAAUAGUACAAUAUCAAGCUGGGUUGUAUCCCCAACUUCAUGGCUGGCUAUAUGCUCUUACUGCUUGUAAGACUGCCUUAAAGUAGAAAAAGUGCUUGUGAAAUGUAUAACUGUCUUCACUGUCCAAUGUUAUUGAUCGCGUACUGAAACAUAAUUCAUCCAAAAUCAGAGGAUCUUCUAAUCCUGUUAAACGCAGGAUAUUUUUAUAUAAUACUGGAAACGUCCAGGUUCUCUAUGCA